AUGGCGGCCCGCCCAUCGCCGCGGCGUCGGGGCGGGCCGAGCUGGACGCCGCUCCGCCCCGUGGCAGCCAUGGCCGAGCCGGCGGCGGGGGUCCUGGCCGAGCCGCCCCCGGAGGAGCCGCAGGAGGGGGGCCCCCCGGCGCGCCCCGGUGCUGCUGGCUGCGCGCGCCCGCGCGCCGUCGAGCCGGUGCUGCUGCUGGCCACGCUGGCGCUGGGCUUGCAGGGCCCGCUGUGCACCCAGUACCUGUGGCAGCGCCUUGGCCCCGGCGACGGCACCCAAGGGGGCGGCGGCGGCGGCGGCUGCCCCAACGGGACGGGCUCCGCCGAGCAGCAGGCCACGGAGUCAUUAGUGGCCCACUGGAACCUCUACCUCAACCUGUCCGGCUUCUUCGUGGGCCUCUUCUCCGUGACUCUCUUUGGCCCCUGGAGCGACAGCGUGGGCCGCCGGCCAGUCCUCGUCCUCCCAGCGCUGGGCAUGACGCUGCAGGCUGCCAUCUACCUGCUGGUCAUGUACCUCAAGUUGCCCAUGGGCUACCUCCUGCUGGGCCGUGUCCUGAGCGGCCUGUCGGGCGACUACAACCUCAUUCUGGCCGGCUGCUUCGCCUAUGUGGCUGACAUCAGCGACAGGCACGCCCGUACCUUCCGGGUGGCUGCCUUGGAGGCGUGCCUCGGCCUGGCGGGGAUGGUGGCCAGUGUCAUUGGUGGUCAGUGGCGCAAGGCCGAAGGCUACAUUGCCCCGUUCUGGCUGGUCGUGGCCAUGAGCCUCAGCGCUGCCCUCUACGCAGCCUUUGGCCUCCAGGAGUCGGUGGCACAGAGACGGCCCGGGAGACUCUUCACCCUGCGCCACUACGGGGCUGUGUAUCGCCUGUACGUGGCCCCCACCCGGGGAUGGUCCUGGAAGAAGCUGGUCCUCUAUUCUCUCACCUUCUUCCUUGUGGUCACUGUGCAUUUUGGGGCCCGGGAGAUCUUGGUGCUGUACGAGCUGGGCUUCCCGCUCUGCUGGGGCUCAGAGCUGAUUGGCUACGGCUCAGCGGCCCACUACUUGACCUACCUCAGCAGCUUGGCGGGGCUGCGGCUGCUCCAGAUGUGCCUGGCGGACAGCUGGGUGGCUGAACUGGGCCUGCUGUCCAACAUCUCGGGGCUGGUGACCAUCGCCCUGGCUGCUACAACGCCCUUGAUGUUCACAGGAUACGGUCUCCUCUUCCUUUCGAUGGCUGCCACCCCUGUGAUCCGUUCCAAGUUGUCCAGAUUGGUUGACGAAAACGAACAAGGUGCCCUCUUUGCCACGGUGGCCUGCGUGGAAGGUCUCUGCUCACUGGUGGCCACAGGGGUGUUCAGUGCCCUUUACCCAGCCUGCCUGCACUUCAUGAAGGGAUUCCCUUUCCUCCUGGGAGCCCUCCUCCUCCUCAUUCCAGCUGCCAUCCUCUGGUGGAUAGAAAUCCAGGAUUCGAAACCGGAGUACAGCCACUUUGUGGACACAGCUUGCCCUGUACAGAAUGCUGAGCAGUGAUUGGUGGAGGCUGAGCAGCCACUACGCCAGGAACUGGCAACUGGGGAUCCAGGACGUUAGGUGCACGCUCUCGUUUCGGCUCAGAGGAGUUGAACAAAGUGUUUUGCUGGGAUGGCUUGAAACGGAUGGAGGCUGGAGACGGCCCUUUCUUUUGGGCCUCUCCAGGCAGAAGUCCCAGAAGGGCUGGGGAGAAGAUGACGGGGUCUUAGUCUCCUUGCUGGCAUGCUCCAAGCCCUGUGUUGCUGGGUUGGGGGUGUAAUGAGGACUAGAACCUUUUCUCACAUCUGAGCCUGUUGAAAGCUGCCUCUAGAAGGGCAGGUGAGCUGAUAGAGCGCAUGGCUGAAUCACGGAAAAGGCCCCGAUCCUCCUGGGUGCACCCCAUAACACGAUGGGCGGCAUCCCAGUGGUGUUGGGGUCCAUUUGGUGUUGCAAAGGGCAAGCUAUCUGGAAAUGGAGACAGCAAACUUGGCCCAAGAUUGCAAGCAAUGAUUUUAGGCUGUGCAUCGAGGCCCUUGAUGUCACCAGUUCUGAGUGGGCAGCUUCACCAUUCUCUCGGUAGGCGGACCAAUUCUCCUGGGGCAAUGGGCUGAAAUCGCUCCAAGACCGCUUCUGUAUUUGUACCAUGGACAAUAAACCUGGGGUGUGUGCGCUGAUAAGGCUCCUUA